CAAUUAAACUCACCCAACUGAGACAAUCAGCAGCUAAAAAGUGACGAACUUUUUUAAAACCCAACCGAAAAGUUAGAAGAACACGACAAUCGACCAAGAAAUUACAACACAAAAGACAUUUAAAUGUGAAUUAAUUAAAAUACAAUGAAAUAAACUGUUAGACAAUUGUGAGGAGUCGUUAUAAACUAAGUGAUAGCUGUUAUAGUAUCCAAAGCAGUAGCUCAAUGUAGAAAAAUUGCAAAAUUUAACGGAAACUUCGAGUUAAAUUAAGAAAAUUCUAGAAAAUCAAUUCUAAUUUGGGACAAAUCUUUUCAACUGUGUAACUUACACACGUAUCGUCAAUUAUAUAAUAAUGACAUCUACAAUGAGCAUCAUCUACCAAAAGUCCAACCAACUCCCAAUCAAAAUUGAGUCAGAAAGCGACGACAAUAUCGAAAAUUCAUCACAAAAUAUCAUGAUUGUGCGCAAAAAGAUGAAAGAAAAUCAAAUGACAUCAAUGCCCGAACAAUUUUUAUUAGAAGCAAAGCAAGUUCUCGGACAGAUUUCAAUGAAUCACCAAAAGGAGCCAGCAGCAAAGAAGCGAAGAAUUUCAGACGGCAUGAGCACAAAGGUGAAGCCAGCACCGGCAGUUUCUGUUGCAAGACGUAAUGCAAGAGAAAGAAAUCGUGUCAAGCAAGUUAACAAUGGAUUUUCAAUGCUGCGUGAUCAUAUUCCACCAGAAAUUGCUGACAACUAUGAACAAGCUGGACGUGGAAGUGCAAAAAAGCUGAGCAAAGUUGAAACACUCAGAAUGGCUGUAGAAUAUAUCAGAAGUCUUGAACAAAUGCUUGCAUUGGACACAUCUAAUGAUUCUGAGUCAAUGACUUCACAUUACAAUAACACAACAUUCUCAAAUAUAUCAUCAAUAUCUGAAACAUCCCUGCCUGCAACUCCACCACCUGAAAGUCAACAACCAUUCUUCUAUGCACUUAAACCACAUAGUGGUGUGAUGGAAACACAAAUAACAAUUAUAGGUGGCCAACAAUACAUCAGAAUUCCAGGCACAAACACAUUCCAACUAGUCACUCAUGAUAUUUUCGAAAAUGAGGAGAAUAUCCAUCCAAAUACAGAAUUUACAACAAUACAAAUUCAUCCACCAUCAUCGCCAACGACACAAUUAAAUAACAACAACAAUAAUAGCAAUAAUUUAAUGGGCUCAACGUUGAAUUUUGUAAAUGAAAUAAAUUCAAGCACGAGCGUAAUUAAUACAACGACAGAAACACCUGCAGGAUCGAUCUCACCGUACAGUGGACAUUCAUCACUUUCACCUGCUCCAUCGCAUGGCACCGAUAACAUCAGUAACAAUAAUAUAAUUAUGGAAGAUGGACAUCUUUCGUGUUUGACUAAUACUAGCGUUGCCUCGCUUGAAAAUGAUCAAAAAUUGCCUUAUUCUGAUCAGUUGCUGAUGCAUUGCACGGCUACAGACACGAGUCACUAUGAGAAUCUUAUAUUGAAGCAGGAGAUCAUUGAUGAUGAUGGAAUUUUUGAUGACAAUUCAUUAAGUAAUGAGAAUAUGAUUGAUGCUAUGCAAUGGUGGGAGCAGCAGCAGAGUUUAAGUCAAAGUGGGUCGUCUUAGGCUGUUUAAUUGGGUGGGGAAGGGUUGGGGACGUAUUUUGGUUAAAUUUGUCAGAAUUUUUUGUCAAGUAAUCGUCAAUUCAAGGAAAUAGUAAGCAUGAGUUCUUAAACCCCUUACAAAACUUUGUCAGAUUCAGCUUAACCUCGAAAAUUGCAACAUAAUCUAUUCACAAUUCAAACCCCUUUACAAGUUUCUUAACCGCCUUAAAAGUUCUGACAAAUUUCACCCCAAGGACACCAGCCACUCAAAAUUUAUUCUGUAUUUUUAUGUAAAAAUUUCAUUUGUUUUUUCUUCUUUUCCUUCUUUUUUUUUUGGCUACCUAAAUGUGUUAUUUUCAUAACGUAUACGCUC